UGGAUAUUGGCGUUAACCGUCUCCACAUUGGCGGCAUUCAAGCUGUAGAAUGAUAGGCCACGUUAGACCGAACACCCCUUCUUGAAAACCUUGCCAAAAAUUCCCUAUUAUAAAGCAGGACUGGAGAGAGCCGAGAGUUUUGACUUCGAAUCGUGAAACCAAGUUGAUGGGCGGAGCCGGAAGGCGCAAUAAAACACCAAACGAAUCUGGAUUAUCAUGGCACCGGAUCCAAUGCGAAUGCGUUAACAAAGCAAGUGACCAAUCUCUAGGAAAACAAGUACUUCCCGAUGGAAAAGUCCUGUGGUGGUGUACAGACCCAACCCAAUUUCUGAACGCGACGAAUCGAGUCCAUGUGUCCUCUUGUUCUGACAAAGAUGAGAUCGAUAGCAGCCAAAUCUGUGGUCCUGCAACCACACCAGGUACAGGUGACUGUGCGACAGCAAACUGGACAAAACCUGUAGACAGUGUGAGUGCGUCUACAGGACUUCCCAGUUAUGUUAAAUACUACACUUGCAGCGCAGGAAAGUCAUGGAUCUCGGGAAUGAGUGGACGAUUCACGCAGUGUAUCAACGGCGAAUGGACACAUAUAUUUGAUUAUUGUUUUGAAGAUUGUUACGUGACCCGCGACUGCUCAAUGGUGGCCAAGAUGGGCUUCAAUGAGUCGGGAUACUACGAUGUCACACCUUCAGGUAUCUUCGAAGAGGAGCCCAUCACAGUGUGGUGUAAUCUGUCAAGCAAUCACAAUUAUAACGGCUGGACUAUAAUUCUUAAGUAUGGCCUGGACGCCGUGGGCGGGCCACUGACUUCGGAAGGCGGUGGUGAUCCUGGCCCUACGGACCCGAAGGAAAACUAUUUCAUCGGUAUUGAAGCGCUGUCAGAUCUCAGUCAUCAAGUCCGAAGAAAUGACACCAGACGUCUUGUGUUUACGUUUCAACUUUUUACGAAGACUAAUGAGACGUUUCACGCUACUAAUGGAUACGUUCUUGUUAGAAGAGGACCAACUUAUACUCUAAAUGUAGAUUGGAACAACUACCAUGGCCAACCAGGUAAUGCCUUCGUUUACAGCAGAAAUGAGAAUUAUAGCACUGAUGAUCAGUUCUGGUGGAAUACGACGUCCGGUGCUGGUUUCAACAUUACAAGUACCGAAUUAUCGUGGGGCACACUCUCGGGAGAUAAAAAGAACUUAUCAUUUGUUGUGGUCGCUGCUCGUCCGUGGGAAUUCGACAAAGAGUUGUCGUGUCCCCCUGUGAUAGCGUAUUACGAGUCCUGGUCGUGGCUCAUGCAAGCAGACUUGCCUUUUGAACGAACAGAGGGAUCCAAUGUAACCUACGAGUGUACUCGUCCGAUGUACAUGGAGGGUAGGGCGGAUACCCCGAAAGAGAACAAGACCUAUAAUGGGACAUCUACUUGUGUGAAAAACUCCAGUGGUGUCUUCGACUGGAGUUUCAGACCGAGAUUUCCUUGUACAAUAACCUGUCCAUUUCACCUGAAUUACACCUUAGGCAAAGGCCAACACCAGUGUUUCAAAUUCUACAAUGACACAGUCGAAUACGGAAUUACUACUGCAUCGUUGAAAUGCAGCAAAGAUGAAGCGUGGCUGGCGAGAAUUGUGUAUGGAGAGGACAUGAACUACGUUGUGGAAGGAAAAAAUUAUUACACGGCUUAUAUAAAUAUGGGUGGCACAUUUACUCCAAAGCCGCCUACGGACAGUCCUUUCUCCUGCGAAGCAAAUCAUAAUUGCACCGGAAGUACUCAAAACCAGUGCCUAACCUUCAGGAGAGAUUCGUCGACAUCAAUAGUAAAAAGUGUUCAAAACUGCAGUGACAACCAGACCUACUUUGGUUGUUCUCUUCCAGCUUAUUGCGCUUCAUCUUUCACUUCUUAUAAGGGUCACUGUUACUUGGUAGUGACACACACAAGUUACAGGAGCGCUCUCGCGCGGUGUGCGACCUUGAAUUCAGCCCUGGCGUAUCCUGAAUCCAUUGACGUCCUUCAUUACAUCAAAGGACUCGUCUGGCUUAAAGCCACAAACUCUCCAAAUGUUAGCACUCCAAUGGUCAGGGACAGAAAAGUCCUGAUAGGACUUAACAAUCUAAAGGACGGCUGGGGCACUCGAUUCGGGUAUGAGCCUGACCCCGAGAUCAUCGCGCUGUCGGGCGAAUCCACGGGAAACAAAUGGUACCGUUACCUAACAGUGCCCAGAGACUGGAAUGACAACGUAACGCUCACAGCCACAGACUUUACGGUCGACAGCAGUGUCACUAUCGAUUACGCCGUGUGUCAGAUGCAUGGACCAAACGGCUGCUGGGAGGACCCCCCUCCUGCAACAGAAAACAUGUACAGAGAAUGGAAUGGGAACACAACGGUGGGAUCGGUAGCAAUAUACAGGUGCUAUCCAGGUUUCUUCAUGAACAACAGCAAUGUCAUCAGAAUGCAGACAAUAGAGUGUAGAGGUCAACUGGGAGGAUGGGUGGCACCGGAGUAUGAAAUUUUCAACUGCACGUUACAGGAAGCGUGUACCUUAGAGACAGUCCCCUGUUUAAAUACAACGACAGCGCAGCUUAAUGUGUCCCAAAACUUCUUAACCUUGAACUCAUCUAUACAGUACAUCUGUCCACCAUCACUGGCGAUGCCAAAUGGAACGACGAAUGUGACUUCAACUUGUGUUGAAACUCUGGUAGGAAUGAUGACCACCUAUACCUUCAAGCCAGCCCUUAUACCCAAUUGCAGCGUAUGCCUAGGGGAACCAAUCAUUUUUAACGCCACCACAAAUUGGAGCAGCUCUCUCCAGUAUAGCACUGGAGCCACUGUGGAUGUCAUUUGCAAUCCGGGUUUCUUAGUGAAUGAGACGGACGAGAUCACUAAUUACUCCGUGAUUGAGUGCACGGACCUGGGCUGGUUGAUUGACCUUUCUUGUCUACCUGGGUGUGUGGACCCACUGCCAGUAGCUGGCAGCAACAUGAGUAUGGAAAACGUAACAAAUUUAUUCAUAAAUGCUACUGUUAUCUACAGUUGCGAUGAGGGCUCUUAUAUUCCUGCCAUUUUACCUGAGAUACGGAAUCACACCGUUGUUACCUGUGGGGUCGACGGGAAAUGGAAUACUUCCCUGAACGCAGCUGAAUUCUAUUGCGCUGAAAUUUGUUUAAGUGAUCCUGUUCUCAAUAAUUCUGGUGCCAUCGCCUCCUGGAAUAAUGUCUCACGCACUAUUGGAAGUCAGGUGAACAUUACUUGCUCUGUGGGUUAUGCCCUUCCUCAGUUUAACAAAUCUACUCUUGUGACUUGCGAGGAAGGAGGCCAUUGGACGAACUCAAGCUCUGUAUCCUGCAGGAGAUAUACAUUGGAAGAACCACCAGCGCCGAACGGGACAGUGCACAACAAUCCAAGUGGACCUCAUUGGGAGGGCACUGCCCUCAAUUUUUCUUGCCCAGAUGACCUUAUAUCGAUGACUGGGCAGAACAUGACGUCGAUAACCUUUAAUGGCACGAAUUGGGUACCUCUAGAUCCAGAGUUCGCCUGUUUCAAUGUGUGUCAUAACUUGGCCCCAGAAGCGCCUGAAAACGUAAGAAUGACCACAUAUGGAAUACCCAAGUUUGGAGCUGUUAUUUCUUACGACUGCCAAGGCAAAUACCCGGAUGGUUCGUCUCAGAUCAACAUCACAUGCGACAGUGGAAACUGGAGCCUGGAGGCUAUUCCAGAGUGCUUCCAAAGUAAGUCCUGUCUUUAUUCAUGUACACAACUCAAAAUAUUACAAAUGUGAGGUUAAUGACAUUGUUUCAUUAGAAUUAGCUCAGCUUUCCUUAAUGGCAAUCAGACGCAGACAGACUUUGGUCAAAUAUUAAGUCCUAAACUUUGCAGGCUGAGUAAAUGUAUUUAGAAGUAAUAGCGAUAUUUAAAUGCUUCGCUGUUUUUAUGAUGUAAUUAAAAGCUCUUAAUUCAUAAGAAAGUCAUAGAAAUGGGAAAGCAAGUUUAUAUAGUUAGUCGUUCAUCUCAGGUAGGGAAUAAUUCUAAAGUAAUGAAAGCACUUCAUUUUUAUACGGAUAAGGUAAGAAUGUAGAGUGAUUGAAGUAAUUCUUAGCAUCAUUAAUGUUGAGUUGUUCUUGACAAAACGGAGAGUAGGGUGUGUUCCAUUACUGGUUACUGGAGGACCUUUUAUUCUAAAAUAGAUUAUUUCAUAUUCCGGGAAAGUAAUCACAAUUAGACAUAACAUGCGCUAACGAGGAUUCUGCGGUAUUAGUUUAGAAAGAGUUACCUGCAACCAUUGAUACAUAUCAGUUGAUACUGACAACGGUUUUGUUAGUUAAAUGUUGACCUGCACAAGUCUUCAUCUGAGAAAUGCAUUUCUAAGAAGUUAUUUUCAUCUAUAGGACAAGAUUUGACGAACCAGUAUAAGCCAAUAUUUGUUUUAGAUAUGGCCCUGAUAUCGUUCUUAG